GACGCUGACGCCAAGAGCAGGAGUGGUGAACGCAGGUCUCAUCGUGCGGGAGAGCGAGACGAUCUUCAAGAACAGCGGUGGCUCAGAUGGAGGCGCUGCGGACAGUAUCAUUAACAAGCACAUGGAGCAGUUCAGAGGCCAUAUGGCCAAAUACAUGGAGACCACCUUCCAGGACACGAUGCUGUCUGUACGUGAGGAGUUGGGCACGAUGGUGGCAAGGCAGUUCCAGCCCCACGCGGAGCGCCUCGACAGGCAACAGGCCCAGCUUCGAGUGGUUCAAGCCAAGAAUGAGGAGCUCAGCCAAGAGCAAGAGGCCCUCAAGGCGUCGGUCAAGCAGCUUCAGGACACCCUGGCCAUCGCCGAGCAGCAGGUGGCUGCACCCAUCGACGUUGCCAAGCUCAUGGAGUGGAACCGCACCGUCGACCCCUCGGUCUUCAUCCUGUCCUGCGAUGUGGCGGCUGCUCCGAAUGACAUACUCAAUGCACUUGAUGAAUGGUUGCAGGCGGCCAGUGUCUCCAGGGACCAGCUGCGAUUGGUUGGCGACACCCCGCAGAAGAAGUUCAUUCUGCAGUGCAUCGGAGGAGCUGCUGGAAUUGCCCGAGCCAAUGCAUUGCAGACAUCACUCAAGCUGCCCAAUAAUCAAGGCUGGCGCCAAUUUGAGGUGCUCGCUGUCAGUGGAGCUCGGGUCGCCUUGUACGUCAACCCUGAUAAGAAUGCGAAGGACAUUCGGAAGGAGGUCCAGACCAAGAAGCUGCUGGGACUGGUUCGGACAGCUGCGGCGUCUUCGACGGUGGCUAGCAUGCGUUCUACAGAGUGCUGGGCACGGAGACCUAAAGGACUGGUCUACAUCGGCCAGACAGCGAUCGUCUCGGUACAGGAUGGUAGAGCCAUCAUGACGAGCAUCGAGAACCCUGUGACAAAGGGUGAGUUCCGCAUUAUGAAUAUUCACAACUACGAUAUCUCGGAGGCGGGUCGUACAAAGAUCAAGCGGGUCUGGAAGGAAUGCAUCGCCUGGUCGAAGCGCGACCCGAUGAAGCACACGUUCAUCGUUGGCGGUGACUUCAACAUGACUGAUGUGCCGACGGAGUCCAUUCUGUAUCCACAACCGAAACAAGCGAGGAGAUCAGAGGCAGGCCGUGCCAACCGCUCGGAGCCGUUCUGGCGUGAGCUCUUCAAUGAUGCGGCGAUGCUUGAGGUUUGUUCUCCAAUCCCGACUCAUUACACCGCUGAUAACAAUGCCCUGAGGGCUAUUGAUCGGGUCUUUGUUUCUAUCGAGUCGGCCUUCGCCAUUGAGACUGAGAUGGGCGUGGAGGUGAUCCAGGGCGCCUUCACACUGAAUGCCAAGCAGCUGAGCGACCAUGCGAUCAUCAAACUUCGGAUGGCUACUCGACGAUCGCCUGCUUCGGCCCACCAGCGCAUCCCAUCCUUCAUCUUCAAGAGCGGUGAGUAUCGUGCUGCCCUCGAGAGGUGCAUUGACGGAUGCAACUACGAGAUGAUGGAACCGUACCGCCAAUGGGAGGUGAUCAAGGAACUUAUGACGGUGGCGGCGGGGACUGCGCGUAACGAACUCCUGGCCAAGGAAGUCACAGGAGAAGGUGAUAUCCCGAGAAGAGCGACUUUGCUGGCCUUUGGCGCUGCGGCUCGCGCGGUGUGGCGCCAGGACGUGCGGCUGGCAAAGAAGUUGAUCAACCACGCGAUCGUCGGCGAGAGGGAGCUCUACACCGAGGGGCGCGAGGUGAAGCUGAGGCAGCCCGACGCGUUCCACAACCGGGUGAAGGAAGCGCAGGCUGCCAUGUUGGAUCGCGAAGCUGCUGCGCUGGAGCGUCAGGGAGCAGGCCGCACUACCAAGCGGAGCGCGACGGUGAUGGUGCAGCGGGCGCUGCUGUGGAACAACACUAAGCGGAUGCUGAUCCUGGCGGGUGUCAGGCAGGGCCAGAUGACCAGCAUGGCAGCGUCGGGGGCGCGGGCCCGUGAGGAGGUCGAGGUGGUGCGUGAUCCCAACUCCAUGGUCGAGGCACUGAAGAGGCACUGGGAGCCCGCCUUCACGGCUUCCCCUGUGCGUGAGGACCUGGUCGGCCCCUUCCUGGAUCGUCACAUGCCCGAGCUUGAUAAUGCGAUGCUGCAGAUGCCCACAAUUGACGACCUCCGCUUCGUCUUCAAGCGGGCGAAGGAUUCAGCUCCUGGACCUGAUCGACUCCCAGCUCGCGCGCGGCGCGGCCAUCCGCAGCUGACCAUGGUGCUGCACAGAGUAUUGGAAGAGAUG